CCUCUGCUGGACUAUGGACCGGUCUGCAGUAUGAAGUGGCAGAGACAGAGAGACCCAGAAACAAAAGGCCUUUUUGUUGUUUCAUUGUUUCUUGCAUUCUUGCAUUCUUGCAUUCUUGCUUUCUUGCUUUCAUGCUUCCUUGCUUCCUUGCUUCCUUGCUUUUAUGCUUCCUUGCUUUUGUCCGUUCUUGUUUGUUUUCUUGCUUUUGUUUGUUUCGUCCCUCUGCUGGCUGCACAUAUGUGCACAUUCAUAUCAGGGGGCAGCUCUUUGCUAGGGCGGGGUUAGACCAUGUACCCGCCUGCUUAGGGACGGGGGACUGCAUCAGUCAAACAUUGCCCAUAGACUAGUCUAUGCACUCACCCACCUUCGUUGAGCGGGAAACACAUCUCCUUCCUUCGCAACACAGUUUACGUACAUGCCGUAGAGGACAAUCGAAACCCAAAUCACUCCAUACAAAGACCUUUCCCGCCAAUUCCAACAGAAACAAAAAAAUAAAAAAAUAAAAAAUUCCUCCCCUCCUCCCAAUGGUCGCUGUAACGCGUUGUUUUUCUAAGAAGACAACACAGACAACACAGAC